CCGGAAUUUGUUCAUCCCUUCCUUUCACCUGUAUACCAGCCAUGAUUGUCUGAACCUUCUUAUUUCUUUGUUAAAUGCAGCAGUGGAUAAAAGACGCUAAGGCCUGACAGAAGAAUACAACAUCUUUGUAUAAAAAGUCACAGAAGGAAAAGUUGAAGUGAUGGCAGAACAGGCAACACACAAAAGUGAAAAUGUGCAGGGGACAGAAACACUUAGUGUUGAAGAGUAUCAGAAACUACUAAGGUUAUUAAAGGUUCAACUCCCUAAAGGGCUUCUGACCCCAGAGGUGAUUACUCAAUCCACACACCCAAACAUCAUCAAAGAUGCGAUAGGUCUCAAACAAUAUCUGAAAAACUGCACACUUCAAAUCGCUCAGAUUCCCCGUCUGGCUUGUUGGAAAAUUAAACAGGCAUUGCAGCUAAAAGAGAAAGAUCAAUUUCAAGACAUUACAAAGAUUAUAUUUUUUAGAAAUAUAAGAGAUGCAACUAAGGAGACCCUGGUGAAACGAUGGGAAAACAACACUCAGGCUGAUUGUGGCUUCAGGAUAAAAGAGAGUUACUUACAGACAAUUGGACAAUUUGAUCAAAAGGAUACAGAUGUUAGUCAUUCCCGCUACGGAAAUUAUGCCGAAAACCAAAUGAAUGCAAUGGACUGCUUUGAAUUCUACCUGGAACAAAAGGGGCUUACUCUGGAUGAUGAGAAAUAUAAAAAAAAUACAAAGCUGGAAUUUGAAUUUCUCUCUGGAAAGGUGAACUUUUUAAUGGACAUUAAAAGCACCCCUGAAGACAUCUCACCUACUGAGAAAGUCCUAAUUAAAUGUAACAGCACAACACAUUACAGAGCAAAAGAAAUUUGUUCUCUGCCCAAAGAAGGAUUUCAGGCUGAAUUCAACACUUCCCAUCAGUUCUAUCUUCAAGCUCAGGCCUUCGCGUUCAUCCUGAAAGAAAAAGCCAAAUUGGAAAAUAAUCCAGUUUUAGUCAAAUCUGUCAUUGUUCUGAAAGUUAAACCUUCAAACAAAUUCUACUGGGGAGAGGUGAGCGAUGACACAGAGAAGAUUAAGCAACUGAACAACAUCUGCAAAAGCGAAGCAUUGCCUCGAUUUCUGGCAGUUCUUAAUCUCAUCUUUGAGAAAACAAACUAGAUAAAUGUCUAUAUGCAUGAUGUGAUCAUAUCAACAUAGAACAGAAUCUCAAGAAAUGUUUCCAACAUCAUGUGAAAUCCAUGCAGUGAAGAACAACUGCAAAGGGAGGAUCGACCCAGAAUUAGUACAAUAUUCCUAAUAAAGUAAUUAAUGAGUGUAUGUGUGAGCUUUUGCCAAUUAUUUGCUGUGAUCAUACAGAUCUACUGUAUAUUAUUUUUUGCAAGUGCCUUCUGUGGUCAUUAGAGCCUCAGGAUGAAUAUGCUUUUUUUUAUAUAUUCAUUAAUAAUAAUGCUUAGCAUAACAUCCAAUUAUCUUUCUUUCUGUAUUGUUUAUUAUGAAAUGAUGUAUUUGUAAAACAGCUUAAAAGUGACAAUUGAACAGAUUCUGACUGUGACUAGAGAGCUAUGAGAAGCACUGCUCAGCUCUGAGAUGUUGUUUAUUUAGAAGAUGUAGUUAUUCAGAAGGGUAUAAUCUUGUUUAAAAAUGUGUAGAGCUUCAAUAAAACAUCAUUUUUUUCUGGCUUUGUGUGUCUUAUUAACAAAUCUGCACUAC